GUGUGCGAGGGGUGAAAACACACUGAGUUCUUAUCCGAGAAAUAUCAGUGAACAUGUACAGCCGAUUCCGAUAUUCUUGUUAAUACGUAAUAGUGUAUUUUCGUUCUGAGAAAAAAUGAGUCCUGGCUUGGGGCAUGAUCCUUUGCCAUCGUACAACAUCACUGCUCUCGGAAACACUGCUCUUUGCUUGUGGCAACAGCCGCAACACGUUUUGUUCCAAUUGGCGAACUUCUGCUUCGCGUUAUCAUAUUCGGCGCCGUCCUCUAAAAAGGGGAUUUUGUUCAUGCAUUCAGUGUUAAUCUUAGGUUUUAUGCUGCUAUCAGGGUGGGCUUGGCAUGUGAUAUGUGCACCAGAUAUUUUCUCCUGGAACUUUAGCUUUUUAUUGCUCAAUAUCGGUCAAUUAGUCUACAUCGUUUAUCAAAUGAGACCAAUCAAAUUUGAUCCCGAAUUGGAAGAAGUUUAUCAUACGCUUUUUUACCCUUUCAAGGUUUCACGACUGCAAUUCAAACGAUUAGUAUCGCCAGAAUUUGCAACGAUAAUGUCUCUUCAUGCCGGCGAGGCGUACGCGAUGCAAAAUCUAACGAGAACAGAUAGAUUAGGUUUGCUUCUCACGGGUAAAGUUAAUGUUUUGAGCGAUACCAAUUUUCUGCAUCCCAUAUUGCCUUGCGAAUUCCUAGAUUCACCGGAAUUUGAAAGUUCUCGAGCCUCUGUCGAUGAUAAAUUUAAGGUAUCUAUCAUAGCGGCGAGUUCCUGCAGGUAUCUGUAUUGGCAAAGAUCAGCCUUGGAAUACCUCCUCGUAAAGGAAACUUAUCUUGCAACCGUCUUAACCACGUUGGUAGCAAGAGAUAUAGCAACGAAAUUAUAUGCAAUGAAUAAUAAGAUAGUUACAGACAAAGGAUCACACCUGGACAUUCGUCUUCCUACGAUUAGCGCUGGUUUAGGCAUCAGUACCGAGUAUAGGAGUCCUCGAGCUUACAGACAGGCAUUGAUCCGCAAGAAAGAAACUAAACCGAUGCCUAACAAUGUUAGCAUAAAAUCUAAAGAACGCACGGUGAAUAAUCUAACGAAGAAGGGUGCGUCGAACAUGGAACCUCUUCCGGAGUUGCCGUCCUGCGAUGACCUGGCCUCCAGUGGUGUGGAGAGCUGGUUGGACUCCUCCAGCAAGUAUCACAGUUGUGAAAUUGUCGACGAGGAAUAGCAUUACGCUUCCUACUCGAAUUACGAGAGUUUGCUCGGCGAUGCUGAGGACGCCGAGCACGAUAUACAGCUUUUUGAUUACAAAAGUGCUGAUUGUUGGGGAUCAUACGACGACUGACGAUAAACAAAAUGGCGGUAAAUAAAAGCAUCAGUUUUUAUUUCCGUCCAAAGCGUUGACACUGUUGGACUUUAAUAAAACCGUUGAGACGGUUUAAUUUUAGAGUUUUUUAAUAUUUUAAUAUUAAUUUCAUAAUUAGACAUUUCUUGAAUUUUUAAUAAUAAAUUCAUCAACAGCAACAAAAUUCAUCAAAGAAUAUAUCCUCACUAGACACAACACUGUACGAUAUAUUCUGUAGAUUUGUUGUUCAGCAACGACAUUUGCAACGAAAGCACCUUUCGAAAAGUAAUAUAAAUAUAAUGUAAUAUAAAUUUAGCUUUGUACAUAUUUAUAAAUAUCAAACUUAAUAACGAAUUCGGAGAAUAGAAACUCUAGUCCGAGAAAAAAAACGAUGCUUACGAAAAUAUUUUAAUCAAUUUUCGGAAAAAGCUAAAACGAGUUAAGUAAAUCUAAUAUUUAUAUAAAUAAAUGCACACAAAUACGCCUAUAAAAUUUUUGUAAAUAUUAAGAUCAAUCGAAGGAUCACAUAAGAGAGAAUCUAGAAUUUCUUACU